AUGGAUAUUUUGAACGAGUCGAGGAGGGUGCGAGCGGCGACGCAUAAUAUUUUGGCGUAUCGAGUGUCGAGGAACGACGCGUCGAAAACGUUUUACCAGGAUCACGACGACGACGGCGAGACCGCGGCGGGUGGGCGAUUGCUUCGGUUGCUCGUGCUCGCAGACGCGCGAGACGUCGUCGUAGUCGUCUCGCGCUGGUACGGGGGGAUCCAUCUGGGACCGGCGAGAUUUCACGUCAUAAACGCGUGCGCCAAGGACGCUCUCGUGGCUCUAGGAGAGAUUCAUCAAUAG